CGGCGUUGCCCGGCCGCCACUCUCCGUGGCCCGAGUAGGCUGCGGGGAGAAGCCGCGGCGGGAGCAGGGAGAGGUCGAGGGCGCGAGAUCAAAACCGAAGCAGCGAAGAGCGGACAUGCUUGACACUUGUCCGCAGCUUCUUGUGUUGUGCUGCGUUGUUUACCUGAAAAGGAGGCCCUGACACCCUGUCAUUCUCAUCGCUUAUGGUACAACUCUAAAGCGAAAGCUGCGAAAACACCUGGGAGCUGAGCAUGAUCGGAUCUUGAACAAAAGUAGCUGGUAUCGGCAGAAAGGGAAGGGCAAGAAUGGCAUCCCGAGAGAGGCUCUAUGAGCUUUGGAUGCUUUACUGCAGUAAGAAAGAUCCAGAUUACCUGAAGCUCUGGUUGGAUAGUUUUGUUUCUAGCUAUGAGCAGUUUCUGGAUGUGGACUUUGAGAAGCUGCCGACCAGGGUGGAUGAUGUUCCUCCGGGAAUAUCGCUGCUUCCUGAUAACAUUCUUCAGGUCCUCAGGCUUCAGCUGCUACAGUGUGUCCAGAAAAUGUCAGAUGGACUAGAAGAGCAGCAGCAAGCUCUGUCUCUUUUACUUGUGAAGUUCUUCAUCAUCCUUUGCAGAAAUUUGGCUAAUGUGGAGGAGAUUGGGAUGUGUUCAUACAUUAACCAUGUUAUCACCAUGACUACGUUAUACAUUCAACAGUUGAAAAGCAAAACAAAAGAAAAAGAAGUGGCUGAUCAGACCCCCAUAGAAGAAUUUGUGAGACACGCGUUGGCUUUUUGUGAAAGUCUCUAUGAUCCGUAUCGAAACUGGAGGCAGCGAAUUGCAGGACGUUUCCUUAGUGCCGUUGAAAAGAGCAGGCAGAAGUAUAAACCAGCAUCCCUCACUGUUGAGUUUGUCCCUUUCUUUUACCAAUGUUUUCAAGAAAGUGAACAUCUCAAGGAAAGCCUGAAAUGUUGCCUGCUGCAUCUUUUUGGAGCUAUUGUGGCUGGUGGUCAGAGGAAUGCUCUUCAAGCAGUAUCUCCUGCCACCAUGGAAGUCUUGAUGCGUGUUUUAGCAGACUGUGACAACUGGGAUGACAGGAACCCUGAGGAAGUGAGCAGGAAGGCAGAACUGACUCUGAAGUGCCUAACAGAAGUUGUGCAUAUCCUUCUAACCAGCAGUUCUGACCAGCGACAAGUGGAGACGAGUACAAUAUUGGAGAACUAUUUCAAACUGCUUAAUUCAGACCAUUCAGCUUUACCUAAUCCAAGGCGAUGCAGGCAGUGGGAGAGCCAGUUCAUAGCACUACAGAUUCAAAUGCUAAAUACCAUCACAGCCAUGUUAGACUGCACAGAUAGGCCUGUACUGCAGGCAAUUUUCCUUAACAGUAACUGCUUUGAGCAUCUCAUUCGACUGUUGCAGAACUGCAAGCUGUUUUUAAAUGCUAACAAUAAAGUGGCAGACAAGAGUGAGAAAGACCUUGCCAACAAAUUACUGACAGAAAUGAAUGAGGACCAGGUAUUUCAGGGACACCUAGACCGCUUGGCAGUAUCAACCAUUCAAGCCCUCACAGCAGUAAUGCACAACUCUCCAGCUGCUAAGGAAGUCUUCAAGGAGAGAAUUGGUUAUGCACACAUGUAUGAGGUACUAAAAUCACUGGGUCAGCCCUCACGAGAAUUGCUUGAAGAACUCAUGAACAUGGCUGUUGAAGGUGACCACAUGGCCGUUGGGAUACUAGGCAUUAGUAAUGUCCAGCCUUUGUUGCUGCUUAUCCAGUGGCUUCCAGAACUAGACUCACAUGACCUGCAGAUUUUUGUCUCAAAUUGGUUGAGACGAAUCUGCUGCAUUAACAGACAGAGUCGUGCUACAUGCGUCAAUGCAAACAUGGUCAUCCGUAUCAUUGAGACACUAAAUUCCCACUCCGCGCUCCAUUGUUCUUCGGCAGAGAACCUGAUUGCCCUUUUGGGCUCUUUGGGGAGCCAGUCAAUGGGCUCAGAAGAACUGCUUCAACUAAUACGACUCCUGAGGACUGAGGAACCAAAGCAAGCUCACCCUUAUGUUGUUGCAGUGAUGCGAGCCAUUCUAGCAAUGGCCCGGAAGCAGGGAAUGGCUAGUGCCUUGCAAUAUUUCAACUUGAACCACAGCAUGGCUGGAAUUGCUGUCCCAUCAAUUCAUAGGUGGCCUGGCUCUGCCUUUUCCUUCAACGCCUGGCUCUGCCUUGACCAGGACCGGGUGGACCCUAGCACAACUAGCAAGAGUGGCAAGAGGAAGCAACUUUAUAGCUUUUUUACAGGAAGUGGUACGGGUUUUGAAGCAUUUAUUACAUGCUCUGGGGUAUUGGUGGUUGCAGUUUGCACAAAGAGGGAGUAUGCAACGGUGAUGCUGCCUGACCACUGUUUUUUUGAUUCUCUCUGGCACAACAUAACCAUUGUUCAUAUGCCUGGGAAGAGGCCCUUUGGUCAGAGCCUUGUGUACAUCUAUGUUAAUGGACAGCAGAAAGUCUCUGCCCCACUUCGAUUCCCUGCUUUGAAUGAAUCUUUUACUUCUUGCUGCAUUGGUUCAGCUGGUCAAAGAACAACUACUCCUCCUCCAUCUCAAAUGCCAGAUCCACCCUUUUCCUCACCUAUUAUGCCCCAUCGGACAUCACUUUCGGGCAUUCUUUCUACGGGAAGUUGGGGUGGUAUGCUUGGAAAACCAGAGCUCAUCACCAAGAUGAUUUCAGCAGGGACUCAGGACAGUGAAUGGGGAUGUCCAACAUCUUUGGAGGGUCAGCUUGGAUCAGUUAUCAUCUUUCAUGAAGCACUGCAACCUCCUCAGGUGAAAGCAUUAUAUUUAGCAGGUCCAAACUGUUUAACUCCGUGGAAGUCUCAGGAGGCUGAAAUAGCAGAUCUCCCCAGUAAGGUGCUAAUUCAUUAUACACCAAAGGCCUGCAGAAACCCAAUUUGUCUUGACCUAUCUGCAAAUCUCUUACAUGGAAGAUUAACUGGAAACAAAGUAGUGAACUGGGACAUAAAGGAUAUGAUCAACUGUAUUGGUGGAAUGAAUGUUCUGUUUCCAUUGCUGGAGCAGAUCAGUUUUCUUGGUGAACAAAUUCCUGAGAAGUCUGAAGGGGAAACUCUACCUCCAGAACUAGUUACUCCUGUAGAGGGAGACUGGGUGGUAUUGUCCUCCACAAAGGCUUCAGAAGCACGCCUGGAGAAGAACAUUGUUGCUACUUUUAUCUUGAUGAUAAAACACUUUAUUCAGAGACAUCAUGUUAAUCAAGAAAAUCUCAUUCACUCCCAUGGAGUUGCCACCCUAGGAGCCUUGUUACAAAAGGUGCCAAGCAACUUCAUGGAUGUGAAUGUACUGAUGGCUGUACAGCUGUUGAUAGAACAAGUCUCAGUAGAAAAGAACAUGCAGCUUUUGCAACAGAUGUAUCAACACUUACUUUUUGACUUCAGCAUCUGGAACAGUGGGGACUUCCCCUUCAGAAUUGGGCAUAUACAAUAUCUUUCUACAAUCAUCAAAGACAGCAGAAGACUCUUCAGAAAGAAAUAUGGUGUGCAGUUUCUUCUAGACACGCUCAGGAUUUACUAUGGGAGUAGCUGUAAAGACAGUGAUUUGGCCCUUGAUGACCUGAGAACGAUACGGACAUCCCUCUAUGGUCUGAUCAAGUAUUUCCUGAGCAAAGGUGGAACACAUGAAGAAAUACAGAGCAUCGUUGGAUAUAUAGCUGCCACCAGUGAAGAGGAACAGCUCUGUGGCAUUCUCGAUGUUCUCUUCAGCCUACUUCAUUCCAGCCCAACCCCAGACCAGCUUUUCUUACUGCUUUUUGAACCAGGGAAUGCUGAUAUUCUGUAUGCUCUGUUACUGCAUCAGAGAUACUCUGACAGGCUUAGAGAACUCGUGUUUAAGAUCCUAGAAGAGAUGCUGAAAUGCACUAAAGUUUAUGAACGUAGUAAGCAUCGUAUGAGACUCAGAGAAGUUGGAUACUCUGGACUGGGGCUCCUUUUGAAUGAAUCAUCAGUUACUGUUUCUCUGAUUAAAAACCUUCUUAACCAAGUUCUGUAUGCAGAUCCUGCUGUGAAUUAUAAAGAUCUCAUGGCUGUAGUGUAUCUGGCUCAUAGAUCAGAUGUAAACAUGAGGGUGGUUAUCUGUAGAAAGGUUUUGCACCUUUUGCAUUCUCAGUUGGAUGCAGCACAACAGAUUUCUCAGCAGCUGGGCUGGCAGGACACUUUGAUUAGGCUGUUCCUGAAAGAAAACUCAGAGGUCCAUUUUGGCUUUAAAGAGAACAGGACUGAUUCCUCACGGGAAGAGGAAAAAAACCUUCGCGCUGAAGAGCUUCAGAAACAUCAACCUGAUAAGACAGAGGGAGACAAAACUGGCACUUUUACAUCUGUUAAUGGUUUAUUUGAUCAGUGGAGUUUAGAAGACAACAAAUCCCUGGAUGUGCCCACUCAUUUCUCUGUAAUGCCGCUGGAAGGUGCAUCCACAGCAGAGAUAUCUUUCAGAUCAGAGGUCCGAGAAGAAUUGUGGCACAGUAAUCCUUCACAUUUGAGUUUGGAUCUGUCCAGUGUUGACUCUUAUGAACUGGCUGAUACUGUGAAUCAGAUGACAGAUAGCCAGCCCAGCACACCGUCACCAGUAGAGACCACAAAACCAUUUUCUGGGCAGCCUGACAAAGAGCUGGGCGUUAUAAAUGAUGUGGGCCUCAGUGCUGAUCUGUCUUUAUUUGAAAACCAAGGAGGAGGUGAUAAUGAACUCAUACAGUUACUUACAGACAUCCUACUGUUUAUAAUGUGGAAAGGCAUUGAAAAAUCUGAUGAUGCUGCUUGGAUUGAGAGAGGACAAGUAUUUUCUGCACUGACCAAACUGGGGAUGUGUAAUGAAUUGCUGAGACCAUCUGAUGAAAUAAAACUCAACUUGCUGGAGAAGAUGUUAGAAUGGUCAGUCACGGAUAACAGAGAUUCCAAAGCUCUCCCUACACAUGCUGAAAAUGCCUUCAGGCUCCUGCUAAUUGUACAAGACUUCCUACAGGCAGAAGGACUAGUUAAUUCAAAUGUAUGGACAGAAAAGCUUUUGGAAGAACUAGUGACCCUCACUGAUAGCCUGUCGGUUUGGUACUCUGCUGGCCAAGAAGCAGUCCGACUUUCACAGGUGCAAGUCCAGGUGCUCCUUGGAUUCAUUGCACAAGAUAACUUACAGGUCUGUGCUAUGGCAGCAGCCAAACUAAACACCCUCCUUCAGACCAAAGUGAUUGAAAGUCAACCUGAAGCGUGCUACCUCCUGGGGAAGCUUGAAGGCAUCUUGAGUAAAUCAAUUGAAGAGAAAACAGAAACUUACUCAUUUCUGAUUCCCCUUGUUCGGACAUUGGUAUCCAAGAUCUAUGAACUUCUUUUUAUGAACCUGCAUCUCCCUUCGUUGCCUCCUACCAAUGGCAGCCCAUCUUUCUUUGAGGACUUUCAAGAAUACUGCAGUUCUGAUGAGUGGCAGGUUUAUAUUGGCAAAUAUAUUAUACCAAAUAUGAAGCAGUAUGAAGAGAAUUCAUUCAGACAUGAUAAUGAGCAGAUGGCACUUUAUUGGAAGGAUUGUUAUGAAGCAUUUAUGGUGAACAUGCACAGGCGAGACCGGGAGAGAGGAGAAAGUAAGCUUAAAUUUCAGGAGCAGUUUGUGGAACCAUUCACCAGAAAGUCUCGACAGGAAAAUCUGAGAUACAACAGUAUGCUAAAGCAACUUAAUAGUCAACACACAGCUACUCUGAGACAGUGGAGAGCAGCUCAGCUUUACUUGCUCUCUGAACGUGGUCCUUGGUCUGAAAUGAAGCAGCAUCCUAUUCACUGGAAACUUUCAAAUGUGGAAAAUGUUUCACGUAUGAGACUAAAACUAGUGCAGAAUUACAACUUCAACUCUCAUCAGGAUGCUAGUGACCAGAGAGAUAAUUUAGGUGUGUACCAGACACAGCCCUCUAGUGAGUCACUGCUUCUGGAGGUGGUGAAGCAGGUGAAAGUAAGUGACUUGGAAGAUGAUGUUCUUGAACUACCGGAAGAAGACACAGCAGCCAGUUCAAAUUUGGAUGAGAAAGAUGAGCAAAGUCAGAAAGAAAAGCUAAUAAUGUCUGAAGAUUGUGAACUCAUUACAAUAAUUGAUGUAAUACCUGGUAGGCUGGAGAUCACUACUCAGCACAUCUAUUUUUUUGAUGGUAGCACUGAAAAAGAGGAAGGGGUAGGUUUUGAUUUCAAAUGGCACCUUUCCCAAAUUCGAGAGAUACAUUUGCGCCGGUACAACCUGAGGAGGUCAGCUUUGGAAAUCUUCCUUACAGAUCAAACCAAUUACUUCCUCAACUUCAAUAAGGAGGUACGAAACAAAGUCUAUAGUCGAAUACUGUCACUGCGUUCUCCAAAUAUUUCUGGGACCAGAUCUCCACAGGAACUUUUUAAAGCUUCAGGUUUGAUGCAGAAAUGGGUGAAUAGAGAAAUAUCCAACUUUGACUACCUUAUUCAGCUGAACACAAUGGCAGGACGAACUUACAAUGACCUUGCUCAGUAUCCUGUGUUUCCCUGGAUUUUGCAGGAUUAUACUUCAGAAGAACUGGACCUGAAUAAUCCUGCUGUCUUUAGGGAUCUCUCUAAGCCCAUAGGAGUGGUCAAUGAAAAGAAUGCAAAGGCUGUGAAAGAGAAAUAUGAAAAUUUUGAGGAUCCCCUUGGGAUAAUUGACAAAUUUCACUAUGGGACACAUUAUUCAAAUGCUGCUGGUGUCAUGCAUUACCUCAUUCGGGUGGAACCUUUCACUACACUUCACAUCCAACUUCAAAGUGGCAGAUUUGACUGUGCUGACAGGCAGUUCCACUCUAUUCCUGCCACCUGGCAGGCUCUCAUGGACAAUCCCAACGAUGUCAAGGAACUUAUUCCAGAGUUCUUCUAUUUUCCAGAGUUCCUGGAGAAUCAAAAUGGUUUUAACUUAGGUCAGCUUCAGAUGUCCAAGGAAGUGGUAAAUGAUGUUGUUCUCCCUAAGUGGGCCCACUCCCCAGAAGACUUCAUUUAUAAACACAGGAAGGCUCUGGAAUCUGAGUACGUCUCUGCUCACCUUCAUGAAUGGAUAGAUUUGAUUUUUGGCUACAAGCAGAGGGGACCAGCUGCAGUGGAGGCACUCAACGUGUUCUAUUAUUGUACUUAUGAAGGGGCUGUGGAUUUGGAUGCUUUAACAGAUGAGAAAGAAAGAAAAGCUUUAGAAGGGAUGAUAAACAAUUUUGGGCAAACUCCCUGUCAGCUGUUAAAGGAGCCCCAUCCACAGAGGCUGUCAGCAGAAGAAGUAGUGCAGAGACUGACUAAAAGUGAUACCUCUACUCUGAAUCUCUUCCAACACCUCACUGAACUGAAAUCGUUCUUCAUAGAGGGAAUCAGUGAUGGUGUGCCCAUUGUCAAAGCGGUUGUCCCCAGAAAUCAGUCACGUUCCUUUAUUUCUCAGGGAAGUCCAGAGAUCUUGGUAACAGCAAGUCUGAACUGCAUUAUUGGAACUCAUGGAUGGCUACCUUAUGAUAAAAAUAUUUCCAACUAUUUUACAUUCAUCAGAGAUACAACAGUGACAAAUCCCAAAACACAACGCAGCAUGAGUGGUCCUUUUGCACCAGGGCUGAACAUCACUUCUAAGUUGUUUGCAGUAUCUCAUGAUGCGAAACUGCUCUUUAGUGGAGGACACUGGGACAAUAGCAUCAGAGUGACCUCUCUUACAAAAGGCAAGCUGAUUGGACAGCACAUCAGGCACAUGGAUACUGUGACCUGCUUGGCCAUAGACUACUGUGGAAUUCAUUUAAUUUCAGGCUCCAGAGAUACUACCUGUAUGAUAUGGCAAAUAGUUCAGCAGGGAGGAGUGCCUAUAGGUCUGGCACCUAAGCCAUUACAGAUCCUUUAUGGCCAUACUGAUGAGGUUUCGAGUGUUGGCAUCAGCACUGAACUGGACAUGGCAGUAUCAGGAUCUCGGGAUGGAACUGUUAUUGUCCACACUAUUCGGAAAGGGCAAUAUGUGAGGACUUUGCGACCACCUUGUGAGAGUUCUCUCUUGCUGACUGUUCCUAACCUGGCUGUGUCUUGGGAAGGCCAUAUAGUUGUCCACACUAGCAUAGAAGGAAAGACUACUCUUAAGGAUAAGAAUGCAUUACAUCUCUAUUCUGUCAACGGAAAAUACCUGGGUUCUGAGACUCUGAAGGAGGAGGUGUCAGACAUGUGUGUGACCGGCGAGUAUAUCGUGAUGGGAAGCUUACAAGGAUUUCUUUCCAUACGGGAUCUCUACAGCCUGAGUCUGAGCAUCUCCCCCUUAGCCAUGCGACUGCCAAUUCACUGCAUUUCUGUCACCAAAGAGUACAGCCACAUCCUUGUUGGUUUGGAGGACGGCAAGUUGAUUAUCGUUGGUGUUGGCAAGCCCGCAGAGAUGCGCUCAGGUCAGCUUUCCCGAAAGCUGUGGGGAUCAAGCAAACGGCUCAGCCAGAUUUCAUCAGGAGAGACUGAAUAUAACACUCGAGAUUCCAAGUGAUUGCUGCUUCUACCUUCCUUCUUUCAUGGAUUCCAGAAAUAUGUUUAAUCUUUUGGUUGAUUUAAAUGUGUAUCUCAGCAUUCAGGGGCUUGGUUCUUAAGUCUUGAAGAUGAACCUAUGACAGAGGUAUAGUAAUAAGCAUAUGUACCCAUGCAAGUUAGCUUGCUUGCAUAUUUUUCCUUAACUGUGUUGACUUGUUCACUCCUCAAUCCCUUUAAAUAGCUGCCAAAACUAUUUAAGAAAAAAAAGGAAAGGAAAAAAACAAACCAACCAAACAAAAAAGCCAACAAAAACCUCACAAAACUGAAACCUCCAAACCCAAGCUUGAUAAUUUAAUUCAAGAUGAGUAGGAUUUGAUUUAAAGGUGAAUAGAGUCAAGUGUUCCUUGACCGUGAAGAAGAUACUUGGCUUUGCUUUGAGAAUACUGUAACUUCCCCAGCAGUACCUUAAAAUUCUGGUAGUUGCAGUGGUCAUACUCAAAAUUGGGAUAGCUGAGAGUUAUGAACUUUUCAAUAUGUUUUUUAGCCCAAUGAACAAUUUAUUGCCAUUUGAUCCUGUAAAUGGCUGUUGCUAUCUUGUUUUGUGUAGUUCCAGUUUUAGAGUGUUCUGCAAGGAACAUCUGUGUUGCACUACUUGAUUAUAGAAAUUGUUUAAAGUAUAGUCAUGAAUUAACUUCAGAGGAGUUGAAGGAGCUGAAGGAGGUAGGAAAUACAUGCUGCUGAAAAUUAUUUAUAUUGUUAAAUAGACUAAAGACACACACCAAGAGAUCCCAUAAUAUAUUUAGUAUUUUGAAGACAUACAGAGGAAUAAUCAGCAUCUAUAUUGGUCAAAUUACCUCAUUAGUAAUGCAACUCAUAACAAGAAAAGGUAAAUUCCUACUGCAAAUUCAUUUAAACAACAUUGCAGCACAAUUCAAUGAAACAGCACCUGCUUGUUUCUUGGCUUGGUGACAACAAACCAGUUGUUAGCCAUAUGUUUGUUUCUUGUUUCUAUUCUGUAAAAGCAGUCAUGGAGAUAGAUAAUGGAUCCAUUUUCCAAAUGUGUGUAAGACCUGGGAAAAGAAAAUACUAGACCCUUACAUGAGCUAUAUCCAACAAAAUAGUUAGGGAUGGUAUGCUCUAUUUUGGGGAAGCCAUUACUGUAUUUUUGGGGUGUAGUAAUAUGUGAUGCUAGAAGAGUGUGUAUUUUCUUAUAACUCUAACAUUUUUGUGGUCUUAAUAAUUUAAAUGAUAAACCCUAUACUGUUAGAAAAGCCUGAGGUUGAAGGAGAAGUACAAAUUUUGGGAGUGGUGUAUGAAGGGGGGGGGUGUGUAUGUGUAUAUAUGUGUGUCUGUGUGUAUAUAUGUAUAUACAUGUAUGUAUGUCUGCUCAAAGGAGAAAUAUCAUGGGCUAGCGGGGGCAUAGAAAUAAGGCAGAGCUGUAAGUGAUUGUUAGCUAGUGUGUUCCCUUUUGGCUACGGUUUUUUUCCCCCUCUACCAUCUCUUUUCUUAUUAUUUUUAUUUAUUUAUGGAAAUGAAUGUGUUGUAUCUCCUAAAAAUGUUAUCAGAUAUUCCUUGGGCUGGGGAGCCAUUGAACUACCUGAGGAACUCCAUCAUGUGUAAUCUCAUUUCAUGAACUUUUAGCACAAUAUUUAUUAGCUUUGUAGAAAUGGUAAUAUCUAAUUACCCCACAAAAGGAGAGUUUUUACAAGUUCUGUUAGUCUCAUUAAAACUGUUUUCUCCUUCAUUUUUUUUUUACUGGAAAAAAGAAGUCUCUCUUAGUGACUGAUUAGUGUGCUGUGUAAAGGGGGUUGUGUUGCUUUUUCUUAACUUUUAUAAACUAAAUGAUAAAUCAGACUAGUGAACAAGUGGGUCCGUGCAUAGCUGCAAUAUUGUAACUCAUCACUGUGACAGACUGGAUCAUCUGGAAAGUUAGGAGAAAAUAAUUUUCCCUGAGUCACUUGCCAAGAGAGCAUUAAAUUUCCAAACUCAGAGUGGUGUGGGUUUUUUUUCAGACUCUGUGAAUCCAAAAAAAUCCACAUCUUAUAUUUUUAAGUAAGUUAUAGAAAGGUGAAAAACACUACUUUAAAUCAAUUAUGUACCCAGUAAAAAUACUAAGGAUACCCUAGAAGUAUUAAGUGUGUAUAUGAGAAUGUGAAGUCCAUUAUGAUUUCAUGAAGGGAUUUCAGGAGAGCCUGUUCAAGAGUGCUUUGGAUGAAUUUCAGCUCAGAAUGUGAGAUUUAUCUGUAUUAUGGGAAGUUGAAAAAAGAACUGUUUUAGGGCAUUGAAUUGAUAGUUUUUGUAAGCAUGCAUAUAUGUUCUGUUUAAAUGCAUAUAGGAGGCUAAGUAUGUACUUGCAGGAAAAAGGGGCAGGAAAUUAUGAUGCUUUGGGCUAGCAGAAUCAAGUGGAAAAAUGAAGAUAGGUGUUUUGUAGUGAGUGGUGAGAGCAGUUUUGUUUUUGUCAGUUGCACAGCAGGGUUUGCACAAGGGUUUGAAAACAUCCUUAGGUACAGUUCUACAACAGUUGAAUUAAUGUUUUUAGUAGUCUAAUAAAUGCUACUGAGUACACUGUGUCAGUUUAAAGUUUAAGUAAAAUAUAACGGAGUUGCAAUAAUGGGAGAUUCAAGAGUUUAAUGGUGAGGAGCUUUGGCAUUUGAAUGCCAUCAUUUCAGUGCAUCACAAACAUUAGGUGGUCUUCACAAAUGCCUAUAACAGGUUUAGAUGUGAACAGUUCUUAAGCUUUCACAUUUAAGGCUAGUUUGUGCUCAGCACAAAGCAGCAUCUGAACGAGGAGGGGGACAGGUGAGCCGUGAGCUGCUUCAUGCUCUCUCCAGAGUGGCAGCAUCUUCUGCCUUUUGAUAUUUUAUGUGGUCCUUGAGGAUGGGAGGUAUACACCAUCACACACUUAGCAUUCUUGAGAGGCCCUCUGGGAAAACCCCCCAUAGAUUUGAAGAUUUGCACUUUGCCUUUACCUAAAACCAGCUUUAAAUAAAUCAUACAGGUGCUAAGUGUGAGCAUUAGCUGGUAUGUUGUUUCCUUGCUUUUAAUUUAUUUGUAUGAAUCUCUUUAAAGGUAGAAAAUUUCUCUGAUUAAUAACUUAGGUUGGGUCAAUUGGAGCCUAUUAAGCAAUGCACACUAAAUGGGUAAUCUGACUUUGAUAAUUCUCUGAGUCAGUAAAGCUUAGGAUCACACUCCCCCGUCCUCUGCCAUGGUACUGGUGAAAUGAGAGUCUCCUUUGCUUUCGAAAUGAGAUUUAAGUAUGAAAAAAAAGCAAACUGUGAGAUGAGAGAAUUCUGAUUAGGAAUUCAGAAUAAACAAGUCUUAAGCAACAAUUGUUUCAUAACACUACCCUGUUAAUUUUUGGAACAACUCUAAUGAUACUUAUCAAAGUUUAAUGCUUAGCUUUGAAGCUGAGUAAAGUAAGUGGGAGUGUAAAUGUACAUGUUUAAAAGAAACUGAAAACUCAGUCUCUGUUCAUACCUGUACAUAAAUGAGAUCAAGUAGUUAGUACUGAGUAAUUUCUCCAAAACAGUUUUGAGCUUUCAUACCAAAGGAUGAUAUUUAGAAGACAAAUCUCCUUUCUUUCAAGUAAAAUGUUUCUAAAAUUUCUCAAUAUCAGUUUACUUUUAAUUCUUGAUAGUAUUUUCAAUUGUCUUUUAAUCUACAGUGAAGAAUAUCUAGUAUGUGCAAUUUUUGUACUCUUUGAGCAUUUAGAUGGUUAGAUGCUUGCUGUCCAAGUUAGCAUCUGACUUACAUCAAUUAUUCUGUAUCAAGGUACUUAUCUAAUAUUUACUUAUAGGAUAUCUAGAAACCACGUCUUCUAUCAUCUGUAUACUUUACCAACACCAGCAAAAGAAAAGAAUCCAAAUCUUAAACUAACUGCACCUCUCCUGCUGGCUAAUACAUAUUGUGGAAAUUCAGUUUUAGGAAGCUUGUUUGAUUUAAAGAAGAGAACAGAAUUAAAAACAAAACAUAAAAAUCAAACCAAACAAACAAAAAAAUAAACCCAACCAAAACCAAACACUAACCAAAAAAAAACCCAAACAAACAAUACUUCCCCAAAAUCACCCAAAGCCAACCCCCCCCCGCAAAAUCCAACCCAAAAACCCCAACAAACCUUCACUGCUGCCAAUAAACCAAACAAAACUGUGAUACUCCCAUGCACACUCUGAGUUGUUUUGCUGUUGUGCAACCCUGAUAUAAGCAAGCUUUUUGGUUUUUUUUCUCCCUUCAGGUAUACCUUAGGUUGUGAAUAUUAUCACCAAACUCACAAAACUUGUUUAGCAAAGUCUUUACAAGCUUUACUCAACUCUCUGCUUUAAAAGAAUCUUGUUUAAAGUUGUAAUUCUGGGUCCUUUAAAUGAAGUACAAAGAACAAACAUUCUGCACUGUAGAAAUUCUAUAUGAGACUGGUAACAGUCCUACAUCAGCUUGCUUUAAUGUAGAUAGUCCUACAGGAAUGAUAAUUUAAUUCUAUUUGUAAUGUGCAAUAAUUAGGUGAUUGUUUUAACUCUUGCCUUAGUGGGAGCUGUAUACCUCACUUCCCUGGACCAUGUCUCACUCCUCCUGUUUAUCUCUGCAAAAUCAUUAGAAAAUACAGUUUCAGCAAGCAAAUGCUUCACGAGGCUUUUACUGUAUGUGUGUAUUUAGUUGCAGUUGUGUAUCUGUGUAUGAGUUAUGGUAUGGUAAGGAGCUUUAGAUAUAGGGAGGGGAGGAGCUGUGAGCCGCCUCCUGCUCCUACAUUGAGAAUCUGUAUAGACACUCUGUAUUGUCACCUGAAGGCACUCCUCUCUUCCACUGUUAAAGGGCACCUUGCUGGCUAGGUUAGAUGCUGAGGUUAGGUGCUGUGAAUAGUUUUUUUUUUUCCUAUUCAAAGAAUUAUCUUUUCUUUAAAGUCACAUGUAAGUUCAUAUCCUAAUGUCAGCCUAAGGGCUGAUGUAAUAUAUACUGUUAGAUUAAAGCACUACUUGAGGGUUAUAUUUGAGUGGACAUUCAAACACGUGCUUCAGUGCUUUCCAGGGUAUUUGGUUUGAAAUCUGUGGCUUCAAUCUUUUUAGUUUCAGUUGCAAAUACAACACUUGUUAAUAGUCUCCUUUUGGGGAGAGUAGAUUUUGUGCAGUGGUUUCAUACCAUGUUAGACUCAAAUGAAGUAUUUGGAAGAUGUCUUUCCUCCCAGCCCAAGGAGUCAAAUUCCCAUUGUCACUAACUGCCCUUGUUAGCACAUACUUUAAAGGAAGUUUAAAAAAGUAAAAGGGGGUAAAAAAAAUACUGUUUUGGUCUUCUUGACUAUUAGUGUCAUCAGAUGCCUGAAAGCAGAAAUGCCUCUGAGUGGCAGCAAAGCAUGGUCUGCCCACAUGCAAGCGUUGUUCCCCUUUCUACAGUCUUGAACACUUCAUAUAUAAGAAAUUACUUGUAGGGUUUAAUUGAAGGUACUUUUUGUUUGAUUUUGAUUCACCUUUUUGCUGUGCAUCUAUGGAAACCUGGUGUGUAUUUUAGUUACCACUUACACCUAUUUUAUCUGGCCAUUUGGGUAUCUUGUCUUUUCUUCAGGAGUUCCUCCAGUUGUGUGUUCUGUUUUCAUCUACAGGACUUGGGAAAUUUGGCAAGUAUUUCCUGAGCUUAGGUCCAUGAUUAUACUCAGCACAGACACCAUUUCAUGUGUUUUCUGUUCCCAAAGCAUGAUGGUCAGUAUAGGUUAUGAUUUAGAGCUGCUGCUUUGAAAUUGAAAUAAGAAAACAUCCAGCCAUAGGUAUCAUAGAUCUAACUGAGCUUAAAAAGCCACUUAUUUAGCUUCCUAUCUACUCAGUAAUUCCCUCUUGAGAGAGCUGUAUUUUUUACCUUGAAAUAACAUUUUAAAAUAAACUUAGUGCUGCACCUGCCAGUAUUGCUUUAGUCAUACAGAGCUUUGAGCUGUUGCUUAAAGCCGUGAAUAAAAUCAAGAGCUUGUGCUACAUGUUUUGAUUCAACCCUUAAUUAUGCAGGAGCAGCUUAAUAUACAAUUAGAGAAAUGCUGCUGGUAAAACUUACCUCCCUUUGGCCAAGCAUUUGGAUGGAAGUUAUGAUGCUACUCAAUGUGCUCAAGGAAUUCUUUAUUAAAGCUAAUGAGGGAGUGGAAGCAAAGCCCUUAGAACAACCGUUAACUGUAUCUUCUGAUUGUGCAAUUAUGUGAUUACAGAUGGAUUUUUGAAUGCCAAAAAAUGCCUUUAAGAGUUAAAUGUUCGUUCUGAGGAGUGUUGGAAGUACUUACUUUCAAAAAAUGGCCCUUCAGGCACUGUAAUGAACUUGCUGUCAGUCUUCUGUGCAAUAUCUUUUUCCCUUCUGGGUGCUUUAAGAGUAUACUGUAUGUCUUACUUUGUUUUGAUCAGUAUGUUUUAAGAGUGUGUAUAUUGGCUGAUGAUGGAUUUUCUGUACAGCAUGGUGGAAGAUGUUUUAAAAUUUUGCACUUUUCUAGGAUUUGCAAAUUUGUAACCUGACAAUUUUUAACAUGCACACUUUUGUACAUAAUUAGCAUUGUAUAUACUUAACAUGAGUCUGAAGCAAAUAAAAGUAAUUGAAUGCAUAACUUCUAGCUUUAUUAAUAGCACAAAAAAAUUGAAACCGAUUAGUGUGGGAGUACACUAAAUGAACAAUUCUUUCAUUUAGCAGGUGAAGCUAGGCAGCAGAAACAGCUGACUCAGUGUCUUGUGUUAAAGUAACUUUUGUGUGGUGGGGAAGGAAUCAAGGUAUAUACAUGAAUGUACAGUCCCUUUCAGCCUAAGAACAGCUAUGAUUACACAUCUAUUCCAAUAAAAUUGUCUUUUUUUACUGGGAAGAA